AUGUUCCGUCGUCUCGUCACAGUCGCCCCUCGCUCCGUCGGCACCCUCGUGUCGCCUCGCAUCACACCCGCCCUGUCCGGCCUGCAAACGCAGCAGCCCAUCUUCCGCGCAUCUCCCGCCCCUCAGCGACGAGGCUACCACGAGAAAGAUAAGUCGCCCGGUCGCUCUUCACAGGGAUCUCUGCGGACGCCACUGCUAGACCACUACAACAACCCGCGAAAUGCCGGAUCCAUGAAGGUCGGCGAGGACGUCGGCAGCGGCCUUGUCGGUGCUCCCGCCUGCGGUGACGUGAUGAAGCUCCAGAUCCGUGUCGACAAGGACACGCACACGAUCAGCGACGUCAAGUUCAAGACUUUCGGCUGCGGUAGCGCCAUCGCUAGCUCUUCUUAUCUCACCGAGUUGGUGCGCGGCAUGACUCUUGAGGAAGCCGGCAAGAUCCGUAACACCGAUAUCGCCAAGGAACUGUGCCUUCCCCCUGUGAAGCUGCACUGCUCCAUGCUUGCUGAAGAUGCUAUCAAGUCGGCUAUCUCGGACUACUACACCAAGAACCCCAAGGCUCGUUCGACCAACCUCGGCGGCACCGGUGCCUCCAUGCCUCAGGUUGAGGUUGAGGUCGAGAAGACUGGCGGUGCCUCCGCUAGCCUUUAA